AUGGAGAAUCCCUGGCUCUCUUCGGCUCGCGCUUCCGCCUUGCUUCCGGUGCCUCCUCCGGCUGGAGUCAAGCCCAGCUCUGUUCCCCCUGACCCCCCUGACCCUGCCUCAUCCUUUCCCCUCACCCAUUUCCCUCCGCUUUCCUCCUCUUCCCCCAAAUCUCAGAAACAAUCCAAACUGGGUGUAUCCCGUACAUCCCAUGCUUCGAAAGCUACAAAUCCCACUACUGAAUCACCUCUGUUUCAGUCAGUUUCUUCUCAUUCUAGUGCCUUAAACUUAAACUUCAGGAACCCUAGAUCUACUUCUACUGUUCAUGAAAAGUAUAGAAUUUUGCUCCCAAAAAACUCUUCUCCCAUUCAAACUAACAAGGCUUCAGGUCAUUCCAUUCCCCCUGCUACCCUUCCCAAUAUCUCCCCUCUCACCCCUCUAGGACCUGUUGCGGACCCCUCUGUUGCUACCUCCCCUCCCUCCUGCUCCCAUGAUACUCCUGCUGUCCCUGCCGUCUCUGAUCCUGCUCAGGCUUGUCCACAACCUCCUCUUCUGCAGCGUCACCCUGUUCUUCCUCCUGCACCAAAAUUAGUGGAAAGAAUCAGAAAAUUAGAAGAUAAAACACUCAAAAGACUUGCGCCUAUUACUAUAUCAGAAACUGGAAGGCCUACAGUGUUAAUUCCCGAUGCGGUCUUUGAGAAAGGUGCAGAGCUGCACAAGGAUUUUAUUGCUUGUUAUUUCAACGGCAGACCUCCGCCAAUCAAGCAGAUUCAAAACUUUCUGAACCAUAUCUCAAUGGACCUCUGCUCACUCAUCGGCAACGCCCCCGUUGGAUUGUAUUCAAAUCUGGGCACACUUGAUCGGUGUUCCGUUGGAUCUUCGUCACCAAGAAGGGCUGAGUUAGUUGCAGGCCUUGUAGGUGAUCCUAAAGAAACAGAUGAUUUCACAAAGAAUCUCGUGAGCCUCACUGUUUCCCAUGUCAAGGUGGCUGUAGACCUCACGAAACCGGUCCCUGAUGUUGUGGAAUUCACAAGGCAGAGUGGUGAAGUAGUAGAAGUUAUGGUUACAUACCCUUGGCUUCCUCCUACUUGCUCACACUGCAAAGAGCUUGGUCAUAUCUCAAAAAAUGGUUUGCAGCUUCCACCUCAACCUCCAACUGCAAAAGCCCCAAAUCCAAAGAUCCCAAACCAUCAAACUCCUAAGAAAAUAAACCCUAAGAACAACACUACUGCUUCUUCCUCUGAAACUCCCCCUCCUGUUCCUGAACCUACUGCUGCUUCGCACACUGAAACUUGCCCUGAUGCCAUGUCUGUUGACCUUCCUCCUCUCACCCUUGCUCCUAUAUCUACUCCCCAGCUACCUCCUUUCGCUCCUCUUCACCUGCAACCUUCCUUAGCCAUUCCUGACAUUCAAUCUCCACCUUUUGUCCCCCCGCCCAUUCCCUACAUCGUUGCCCUACCAGCUGCUCUUCUAAAACCCUCUCUUAAACGCUCGCGUUCUCACCCCCUCCUUUUAUGUUCUCCACCAAAAUCCCAACCUUUUGUCUCUCCUAUUCCCCUCUCGGCCUCUUUUGAUGUUGGUACUAUUCCCUCCACCAACAUCACUCUCUCUACCUCAAACUCUUUCUCUCUUUUGGUUCCUGAUGGCUCUCUUCCUUUUGGACAGUCUUCUCUUUCUUCCUGA